AUGCAGACCAAUUCUGAGGAGUACGGGUCAAGAGAUCUAGUGGGGUACGGCUUCAACCCUCCCAAUCCCGAAUGGCCAGAUGGAGCCAAAAUUGCAAUUAGUUUGGUAAAGGGCAGUGAGCAUACCGUAGUGAAUGGUGAUGAAGUGUCAGAGACUUUGGCUAGUGAACUCGGGCCAGGAGUCACACCGCACGUCAAUCAGCGAGAUGUCAAUAUGGAGUCCCUUUACGAGUACGGUUCUCGAGCUGGUGUAUGGCGAAUUCUGCGGUUAUUCCAAGAGAAGUCUGUCAAAUGUACCGCCUACGCCGUAGGUCAGGCUUUGGAGAUGAAUCCGGAAGUGGGGCAGGUAUUGAAGGAGCAUGGCCACGAGUUCGCGUCCCAUGGCUGGAGAUGGAUAGAUCGAUCUAAGUGGACUGUUGAGGAGGAGGAGGCGAAUGUGAGGAAGACGAUCAGAGCGAUAGAAAAAGCCUCGGGUGCGCCUCCUAAAGGAUGGUAUUAUGGUAUGGUUGGAUCCAAAGCCAGUCCUAGAUCUAGAGCUCUAGUAGCUGAAGUAUUCAGAGAAGAAGGGAUCCCUUUGGAGUAUUGGUGUGAUGACUAUAGCGACGAUUUGCCUUACUGGAUUCCUAUGCCAGGAGGUCAGAAGGAUCAGGGGCUUCUGGUGAUCCCAUAUACUCUCGACACGAAUGACUACAAAAACGCUACAUAUCAACCAUUCACCACCUCUGACGACUUCUACACCUACUUGAAGGACGCGUUUGAUGAACUGUACAGAGAGGGGUCAAAGGGCUCUCCUAAGAUGCUUUCCAUAGGUUUACAUUGUCGCAUUGUAGGUAGACCAGCCAGGAUAGCGGGGUUGCGGAAGUUCAUAGAGUAUGCGCAGUUUGUGCCUCACAAUAAGCCAAGUGAGAGAGGACACUCCCAUGAUGAUCACGCAAGGGACAUGCAGAGGAUGAAAAGUGAUGUUGUAGUUCUGCAGAAGCGGAUGCAAGAAGCCUUGCGCCGGAUUGGAGAGCUAGAGUGUGCUUCUACAUAUCAGAUGCCGGUGCAGAGGACCGGUGUCGUUGGAGCAGACAAACGACUUUCUCUUAUAAAUAACGCACCGUCAAAUGAUACUUCCAUUCUCAAUCUGCCUGAUCUUCAACCUACGACCUUUCAACAAAGCUUCCCACCUCAGAAAGCCCACGCCUCGACAAUUGCUGGCACCAUUCAGAAUGGCACGUUCUCUUCAGCUCCUAUCGAAACGCUACGUGGUCUUAUCGCCAGACCACCCACUGACAAUUCCGAUACGACUCUGUCAUGCACACCCCGCAAUCGUGAAGUCCCGAGCACUAGUGCCCAUGACGACUCCCAACGAAAUGACCCAAUUUCAAGAGGAAUAUUGACGACUGACGAAGCGCAGAGGUUGUUUGACAUAUUCUUCGAAGCCUGCCACGAACUUGCACCGUGCUCUUGGAUAACCGGACAGAGGGAUGCUGAGAAGACAAGGGAGAAGAGCUCGUUUUUAUUCACCUCCAUUUGUCUGAUCGGAGCUAGGUACUGGGAUAUUGAUGAUCCAAUCCGAUCUACACACAAUUGGCUACAUCCUCGGUACCCAUCCCUAGUAUCGUUCUUCGACGAGCACAUACAGCUCCUCCUUCUCCACCCCAGUUCAAGAGACUUCACUUGUGAGGUCGUUCAGUCCCUUCUGCUGUCCAUACAAUGGCCUGCCGUCGACAUCGAUUUGUCCUCCACCUCGAGUAGCACGUCCACACCAAAGAGCCGGUUCACAGACUCGUACGCUUGGUUGAUGAUUGGCCUAGCGACUCGCUUUGCAAAGUACAUCGCUCUCGAAGAGGUGACUCACGUGGACUUUGGGAACUCCCGCCUGGAUGAGGAGAAGCUGCAAAAGAUGAGGGUGUGGCUCAAUCUGAUUUCCGUUGAUAGGCAUCUGACACUCACAGCGGGUCUUCCAGCGACACUGGUUGCCCCACCAACAUCCCUGCUUCGCGCCUUCGGAUCCCACCCUAAAGCUCAGUCAGGGGAUCUGAAAUUAGCUGGACUAGCAGAACUCGUAGCGAUUGUUCAUCGCGCCUCGAUCUCUUGCGGUGAUGUAAGUUUGAAGAAACUAGAUAGCAUCACCUUGAGCGUGGCAAAUGCGGAGCUGGACAGCUGGGAGAGGGAAUGGAAUGCUAUAUUCAGUGGCAACAGGGCCGAUCCCACCUUCAAACAGCAGAUGCCAUUCACAGCGCUGAGAUGGUACCGACUAGCUCUCAACGCCCUACCAAUAGGUGUCGAACUAGGGGAUAUCGAGAAAGGCACGAUGUCACCUACACCAGCUGCACUCAAGACCGGAGUGGACGCUGCGUUCAGGCUCUUAUGGCAAUACUCCACAGACGCCGUAGGAGAGCGCCCAGAGAGGCUGGCAGCUAUGGUUGACGGUUCAAAGUAUACCAUGAACUUUACCGCACUCUCCUCCUUCAUGUUCGCUGUGGACUCCUACUGGAUCACUCAUGCAUACGCGGCAGUGUUUUUGGUUCUGGUAUAUGACCGAGGAUGCAUCGAUGGUUAG